AAAACCAAUGUGUUUUCUGAAACAGAAGAAUGAGUUUCUCCCUCCAUUCUCAGAGCUGAGACACCUCAGCCUUGCAAGAAAUAAGAUAACGGAUGAUGAGGAACUGCUGGCUGUCUGUCUCUUUCCGGCACUCAACAAACUAACCAUCUACAAAAAUCCUGUUGCCUCGUACUCCGUGAAGCACCUGCUAGUGCUCUCCAUGUUUCAGGACAGACUCGGGAUUGAGGUGAUCAGAGACAAGCCCCGGCCCCCAGAGAAACCACCAGUGUACAAUGUCUUUAAUCACAAGCGCAAGGUCAACAGUCACAUUCCGCGGAUUCCUAAACAGGACCUGGUGUUGGAAGCCGCUGAGCAGCUCCUGGAGCUGGACCAGGAUGGAGAAGGAGAGAGCCAGUCUGAUGAUGAAGAGAUGGAAAUUCCAACACCACCACUUGCCAUCUGCUCAGACCUUCUGUCAUUAAUAUCACACAGGGUCUGCCCAUUGGAGAGCAGGUCCUCUGAAGGGAGCUCCUGGACUUCAGAUCAGACAAUCAAAGAAAAGGAAAUAGAGGGGUUCUUCAUGACCCAGGUUGACAAUGUGACACCGAAGAGUGAAGGGUUGGAGAGUCUGAAGGAAACAUUUACUGAAGCAUCCUCAUUCACAUCUAAUCUUCCUGAAAAAUAUCGAGGCUAUGAAGAACUUCUGGAUGCAAAUCCUGACCCUGACUUUGUGGAACCACUUGGAAUUCAGCAGAAUGUUCAACAAUUGGAACGCUCACUUCGGAAGCUACAACUGUACCCUGACCCAUUUGCCAGAGUGAACCUCCAAAGAGAGCCCUAUGUGCCCAGGGCAAGAAUGCCAAGGAAAUUAGCAGAAUUCACAUGUCACAAGAGCAGAGCAGAUAAAAUAGAAGAGAUUCUGAAAAGGAUGAAGGAGCAGAGAACGAUGAACAUUAUUCCAUUAGCCCAUGUGUUAAGGGGAAAAGGUAUCAGCAAGCAUGACUACGAAGAGGCUGUGCAAUUACUGAGAGAGCUGCAGCUGAAAUACAAGGAAGCUCGAAAGCAACUGGCUGUUAACUUCAACAAGCUACAAACUGAGUGUGUGAAACCUGACAGCGAUGAGGAACAGUCUGACAUUAGUCUCAAACCUUCAGAUGGUCAGUCGGAACCAAACAGCAACAGAGAGUAACAGCAGCCAAUUCUGAUCAGUCCAAUUUCUGGACGUUUGUUGCAUGACGUAAAUUAUUCAUCACUCUGCUGAAAGGGCAUGCCCUCAACCUCCACAUUUCUGUAUUAAUUUUCUUUAUAA